CCGCGAAGAACUCCUUUAUUAGAACCCUAAAUAUUUGUUCGCAAAGAUCAGAGCUUUAGGGCAUGGCUAUGGCGAUCCGAAGCGCCUGGCGAUCGAUCGCGCGCCUAAAGAACCCCAUCAGCAGCAGGAGCAGGGCAUUCUCGACGAUCGACGAGGAGGAAAGGCGGCAGCUUGUCAACAGAUUGCUCUACCGGAGCAAGCAGCGGGGAUUCCUGGAGCUCGAUCUGGUGCUGGGGAAAUGGACGCAAGAAAACAUCCAUCAGCUGGACGACAAGCACUUGGAAUCGUUGAUCCAAGUCCUCGAUCUGGAAAACCCCGAUCUAUGGAAAUGGCUCACAGGGCAAGCCGAGGUGCCAGAAUCCAUCACUGCUAAUCCGGUGUUUGCGUGUAUCCAGAAGCAAAUCAGUGGCAACUUGGAGAACCAUGCGGCCGUGGAGACUCGUGCCAAGCCCGGCCAGCCGUGGGUUCGUGGAUGGGAUGACUUCAAGAAGACAGGACCAAACAACGCUUUCCUUGGGAAUCAGUAGAAGAGUUUCCAUCCAUUGUGUAAAUUAAUUACUCUUAUUUAACUUAGUUACACUGCCAACAAGAAAAGGAAAUAUUUUUA